AUGUUAGAAUAUUAGAACUUUGAAAAUUAAUAAUCAGAAUUAUUAGAAUGUUACACUUCUAAAAAAGGAAUUACAACAUAUUUAUUUACUUGGUUAAAUCAAUUUGUAUAAAUUCAUCAAAGAAAUUUGGAAUAGAAAGACGUUUUCAAUAUUAAUCCAUAAGAGAGUAUUGAAUAUUAAACACUAAAAUUUCAAUUAAAUAAGGAAAGCUUAAUUUAUUCAUUAUUAAAAAGUUAUCCUACAAAAUGGAUUUGUAUUAUUUUACUAAAAAUUGGACUUAUGGGAAUUUUGUUGUUAAAUCCUUUUUUGAUAAAUAGUAUAGUUGAAUUAUUUGAUUCAUCUGGAUUGGAUAUAUGGCAAUUUUUAAAAACAACAUCACUAUUUACAGGAUGGAUAAUGGCAAUAUAUAGUUAGAUUUCUAUAUUAAGCUUUUAUUAAGUAUAUAAUAUAUUAUUUAUCAUUUAUAGAAAUAAGUAUAGAUUGAAGUAUAAGCAGCUUUGUCUUCUAUUUUGUAUCAUAAAUUGUUUAGUGCAUGUUUGCCAUUGCCUUCUUAAGCAGAAAUAAUAAAUUUGUUUUAAAUCGAUAUUCCACAAAUAACAAUUUUGUUUGAUUGUGGAGUAUCAUUAUUUUUAACACCAUUUUAAAUAUGUGGAGCAAUCUACAUAUAUUUUGAAACAGUAGGUGUAGCAGCUUCAUUUGGUUUAAUUGGUAUGUUAAUCUAAGUUGGAAUUUCAUUGAUUUAUGGAAACAUUUAUUCAAAGUUAAUAUACAUUUAAAUUUUAGGUUAUAAAAAAAGAUAAUGACAUCAAGAGAUAAUCGUGUUUCAAAUAUGGAUGAAUUAUUGAAAGGAAUAUUGACAAUAAAGUAGAAUUGUUAUUAUAAAUUCUUUUUUAAUCGAGUAUUAUUUAUAUUUAUAAAAGAUUAGAGACAAAAGAAAUAUAGAAAUGUCCAAUAUUGCCAUUUAAUAGAAAUUAUCAUUUUAUGUUAAAGCUUUGUUUUCAAUUGUUCCAGUUGGAGUUAUGUAUUUCACAAUGAAGAUAUUUGAUAUCUUUAAUUUAAAAUCUGUUUUAAUGGUUACUUAAAAUUAUGCUUAAUUAAUUUAAUCUGUCAAUUUUAUACCAUAUAAUUUAGGACAAUUAUUAAUGGCAAAAACAUCAAUUAAAAGAUAUAUGGAUUUCAUUUAAUCUAAAGAUGUGGAUUAAUAAAUAUUACCAGCUUAACCAUAUUAAAUAUUAGUUAGAGAUGGCAAUUUUAGAUGGAGAAAUUCUAAAAAUUUAUUUUAAUUAAAAAAUAUCAAUCUAUAAAUACCAAAAGGGGAGUUUAUAGUAAUUAAUGGAAAAAAUGGAUCAGGAAAAAGUUCUUUAUUAUAUUGUUUGUUGGGAGAAUUAGAAAGAACUAUUGAAAAUUCAUUUGUUUAUUUAGAUGGAAGUGUUUCAGUAGCAUCAUAAGAACCUUUUUUGAUUUAAGGAACUAUUAAAUAAAAUAUUAUUGAUGAAUCAGUUAUGGAAUUAGAUAGAUAUCUUCAAAUUAUAAAAACAACCUAAUUAUUAGAGGAUAUACAAAGAAUGGAAUGUGGACAUAAUAGUGAGGUUGGGGAAGAUGGUCAAUCAUUAAGUGGAGGAUAAAGAAAGAGGGUUCAUUUAGCUAGAACUCUUUAUAGACAUAGUGAUAUUUAUUUACUUGAUUGUCCUUUUGAAUCUUUAGAUCAUAAAACUGCUAAUAAAUUAAUGGAUGAAUUGUACGAAAUUAGUUAAAAAGAUAAGAAAACAAUAAUUAUUACAAGUAAUGAUGUAAAUUAGAUAAAAAAAUGUGACAGAAUUAUUCAUCUUGAGGAUGGAUCUAUCACUUAUAAUGGUAGUUUAGAGUAAUUUAAAGGGAAUUCUUAAUCAAAUGAUCUAGAUUCUCUUGAUUUAAUAGAAGAUUAAUCAAUUUAGUAAUCUACAAAUAUGUAAUAAUCUAAUAAACAAUUGUAUAAUCUUAUUGAUAAAUAAUAAAUAUUGGUAAUUGAGAAUGAAGAUAGAUCUAUAGGAAGUUUACAAUUGGAGAUAUUCAAAUAUCUAUAUUAAUUAUUUGGAAGAUAUUAGACAUUAGUUAUAAUAAUGGUUUUCUGUAUAUUAGGAAUGUGUUGUUCAACCUUUUAUUAAUUGCAAUUAAAAUCCAUCACUGAAAUUUCAAAUUCAGAUUAGUCAAAUGAAGAUUAAAAAGCAGAUGCAGUUUAAUAGUUUUUAUUUGUUUAUCCAUUGUCUCAUAUUUUAAUGGCUUUAUUUACAUUAUUUAGUGGUAUCUUUUUAACUUCAAAGGGAGUGACAGCUUCUAUGCUACUUCAUAAUAACAUUAUAAAUAAUCUAUUAAAAGCAUCAGUAGCUGAAUUUUAUAAUGUUACUUUAGGUAGCAUAAUAAAAAAUAGAUUGACAAAUGAUAUUUUCCAAUUUGGUAUAAUGUUAUUUAAUUAUUAUUAGAUAUGAAUACUCCUUCUUUGAUAUCAUCUUUAUUUGAUAGUAUCUUCAGUUUUAUGGCAUCAAUAUUAGGAUGUUUAUUUUUAUCAAGUGCUUUAUCUUAUCCAAUUCUGAUUUGCUAUUUGUUUUUGUAAACAUAAUAUAUGUUGAAAUAUAUCAGAAUUAAUUUAGAAAUAUCCAGAUUAUAAGCAAUGUCUAAAUCUCCUUUGUUGAAUAUCUUAACAUAAACUCAUUAAGGUAUUUUGUUUAAUAGACAUUGCAAAUAAACAUAAAAUUAAGUAUCUUGCUUUUAUUAAUAAUUUAAUGUCUAUACAAGAAAUUCAAUUUGUUCAGCUGCUUUAUCCUCUUGGUUUAUUUAAAUCACUUGUUUUUUGAUGUUAGUAAUGUAUGUAUGCAUUUUGAUGGUUAAUGUAUAAAUUUUAAAUUUAUUAAUUAGUACAUUUACAAAAUUAAUAAUAAAGAAUCUGCAACUAUCUCAAUGUAUUUGGCUGUAAGUCUUGGUGAAAAAUUUACUAGUUUUAUUCUAUCAUUUUAAUCAUUUUAUUCUAAUAAUGUAUAUUUUGAAAGAUGUUUAUCAUUAAUUAAUAAUAUUCCAAAAGAAGAUUUAUCUACUUAAUAAUAUAGUGAUUUUGAGAAUCCAAUGGAUAGAAGAAAUAAUGAUAUUCAUUUUAGUGAUCAUGAUAGUAUAAGUCAAAUUGAAAUGAUGACUAUUAAUUCAGUUGAAAGUGUUUAAGAAUUACAAGAUUAAAAUGUUUUAGAAUUAAAUAAUGUUACUUUAUAAUACAAAAAUGCCACCGUAUUAACAGAUAUCUCAUUUAAACUAAAAUAAAGAUAAAAAGUAAAUUUCUAUAUUUCUAUUUUUAGAUUGCUAUACUUGGGAGAACUGGAGCUGGAAAAACUAGUCUUAUGCAUUGUAUCACAAGAUUGGUUGAACCAUAUUCAGGAACAUUAAAAGUACUUGGAUAAGAUAAUAGACAUACAAGCAUAAAUAGAAUUAGAUCUCUAUUUUCAGUUGUGUCUUAGGAUCCAUUUGUUUUUGAAGGUACAAUCUAAUAAAAUAUUGAUCCAAAUAAUGCUUAUAAUCCAAUAGAAAUAAUUAGAAUCCUCUCUAAGUAUGGAUUAUCUUAAGUGAAAUUAUUGGAAAAGUUGUAAUAUCAAGUAGAACCUCAUGGUUCUAAUCUUUCUUUAGGAGAAAAAUAAUUAUUAGUUUUAUGUAGAAUAUUACUGUAAAAGAGAAAGAUUGUAAUUUUAGAUGAGUGUACAGGAAACCUAGAUAAUCAAUAUUGUUAAUUAAUUAAUUUAACUCUUGAUUUAUUUAUGAAAGUAUUAUGAUCUAUUUAUUUAUAGGAUAAAACUGUUAUUGCAAUAACCCAUAAAUUAGAGUUGCUAGAUAUGUUUGAUCAAGUUAUGAUAAUGGAUAAGGGGAAAAUCAUUGGUUAAGGUUCAAAGUAGGAAAUUUUAAAUUAGUAUUUAAAUUAGAAGGUGAUGUGA